AUGCUCAUUUAUAUCAUGUUUGAUCUGCCUUUAUUGCAUAGAAUGGGGAGUGAUUGGAACCAGGUGAUGUCUCAAUAUGGAAGCUUCCUUAGCCAGAUUGACGAGCAGCCUAUCGGAACACAACAUUCUGAAUUUCCAGUUGAUGGGCAACCCGAGGGCUCAAGAACACCAGCUGUUACUAAAAAGCCAACUCAAAGAACUAAGCUAGCAAACUUCACUGCUGAAGAGGACACAAGGGUAUGCCAUGCAUGGCUUGCUGUUAGUUGCGAUCCCAUUAUAAACACAGGGCAGAAACGUCAAGGAUUUUGGAGUAGAAUUACUGAAGCAUACAACUCAAGACGAGGAACAUUGCCAGAAAGGUCCACAAAAUCUUUGAUGAGUAGAUGGGAUACUAUCAAAAUACAGUGUUCCACUUUUGCUGGAUACAUGAUGGCAGUCCUCCGACAGAAUCCUAGUGGACUCAGUGACGCAGACAAGACAUCACUGGCAGCUUCUAGGUUUGCAGCAAUUGAGAAGAAGCCUUUCCACUUUUUACACUGUUGGGCCAUUCUUAAGGACCAACCAAAAUGGAUGGACAACCACAUGGGUCAACAACAUCAGCAAGCCAACGCUAAUCCCACACAUUCUAACACUGUCGAUGUGGAUGCAGAAGAAUCUGUACCAUCAAGCUUCACAUCGAAGAGGCCACUUGGUCGAGAUUCUUCUAAGGAAAGGCAAAGAGGACUAAAUCUGUGGACACAUCUUCAUCAGAUUCUGAGUUCAUGA